AUGGACAAGCUGCCGCCGUCCAUGCGCAAGCGACUCUACAGCCUUCCGCAGCAGGUGGGGGCCAAGGCGUGGAUCAUGGACGAGGAAGAGGACGCCGAGGAGGAGGGGGCUGGGGGCCGCCAGGACCCCAGCCGCAGGAGCAUCCGGCUGCGGCCGCUGCCUUCGCCUUCACCCUCGGCUGCCGCGGGCUGCACGGAGCCCCGGGGCGCGGCCCACGGGGCGGCAGACGGCGAGGGGUCAGCCCGCGGCGCGGGCAAGUCCAGCACGAACGGCGACUGCAGGCGCUUCCGCGGGAGCCUGGCAUCGCUCGGCAGCCGGGGCGGCGGCGGCGCGGGAUCGGGGGGCGGCAGCAGUCACGGGCACCUGCAUGACUCCGCGGAGGAGCGGCGGCUCAUCGCCGAGGGCGACGCGUCCCCCGGUGAGGACAGGACGCCCCCAGGCCUGGCGGCCGAACCCGAGCGCUCCGGCGCCUCGGCGCAACCUGCAGCCUCGCCGCCGCCGCCGCCGCCCCAGCAGCCGCCGCAGCCGGUCCCCGCCUCCUGCGAGCAGACCUCGGUGGACACCGCGAUCAAAGUGGAGGGAGGCGCGGCCGCUGGAGACCAGAUCCUCCCUGAGGCCGAGGUGCGCCUGGGCCAGGCCGGCUUCAUGCAGCGCCAGUUCGGGGCCAUGCUCCAGCCCGGGGUCAACAAAUUCUCCCUGAGAAUGUUCGGCAGCCAGAAGGCGGUAGAACGCGAGCAGGAGAGGGUUAAGUCGGCCGGGUUUUGGAUUAUCCACCCCUACAGCGACUUCAGAUUUUACUGGGACCUGACCAUGCUGCUGCUGAUGGUAGGAAACCUGAUCAUCAUUCCCGUGGGCAUCACCUUCUUCAAGGAUGAGAACACCACACCAUGGAUUGUCUUCAAUGUGGUGUCGGACACGUUCUUCCUCAUCGACUUGGUCCUCAACUUCCGCACAGGGAUCGUGGUGGAGGACAACACAGAGAUCAUCCUUGACCCGCAGCGGAUUAAGAUGAAGUACCUAAAGAGCUGGUUCGUGGUGGAUUUCAUCUCCUCCAUCCCUGUGGACUACAUCUUCCUCAUUGUGGAGACACGCAUCGACUCGGAGGUCUACAAGACUGCCCGGGCCCUGCGCAUUGUCCGGUUCACCAAGAUCCUCAGCCUCCUGCGCCUCUUGCGUCUCUCCCGCCUCAUUCGAUAUAUUCACCAGUGGGAAGAGAUCUUUCACAUGACCUACGACCUGGCGAGUGCUGUGGUGCGCAUCGUCAACCUCAUUGGCAUGAUGCUGCUGCUCUGCCACUGGGAUGGCUGUCUGCAGUUCCUGGUGCCCAUGCUGCAGGACUUCCCCGACGACUGCUGGGUGUCCAUCAACAAUAUGGUGAACAACUCCUGGGGAAAGCAGUACUCCUACGCCCUCUUCAAGGCCAUGAGUCAUAUGCUGUGCAUCGGGUAUGGCCGGCAGGCCCCGGUGGGCAUGUCGGACGUCUGGCUCACCAUGCUCAGCAUGAUUGUGGGUGCCACCUGCUACGCCAUGUUCAUCGGCCAUGCCACUGCCCUCAUCCAGUCCCUGGACUCCUCCCGGCGCCAGUACCAGGAGAAGUACAAGCAGGUGGAGCAGUACAUGUCCUUCCACAAGCUCCCGCCUGACACCCGCCAGCGCAUCCAUGACUACUACGAGCACCGCUACCAGGGCAAGAUGUUCGAUGAGGAGAGCAUCCUGGGCGAGCUGAGUGAGCCACUGCGGGAGGAGAUCAUCAACUUUAACUGCAGAAAGCUGGUGGCCUCCAUGCCACUGUUUGCCAACGCGGAUCCCAACUUUGUGACCUCCAUGCUGACCAAGCUGCGCUUCGAGGUCUUCCAGCCUGGGGACUACAUCAUCCGCGAAGGCACCAUUGGCAAGAAGAUGUACUUCAUUCAGCACGGGGUGGUCAGUGUGCUCACCAAGGGCAACAAGGAGACCAAGCUGGCAGAUGGCUCUUAUUUUGGAGAAAUCUGCCUGCUGACGCGGGGCCGGCGCACAGCCAGCGUGAGGGCUGACACCUACUGCCGCCUCUACUCGCUGAGCGUGGACAACUUCAAUGAGGUGCUGGAGGAGUACCCCAUGAUGCGGCGGGCCUUCGAGACGGUGGCGCUGGACCGCCUGGACCGCAUCGGUGAGCUGCCUGCCGGGAGGGAGGUGGCGGCGGGGCGGGGGCGGGGGCGGGCUACAGGCUUCUGUCUGCUCCCUCCCCGGCCUAAGCGCCUGAUCUUGUUCGGUGGUCCAGGCAAGAAAAACUCCAUCCUCCUCCACAAAGUCCAGCACGACCUCAACUCAGGCGUCUUCAACUACCAGGAGAACGAGAUCAUCCAGCAGAUCGUGCAGCACGACAGGGAGAUGGCGCACUGCGCGCAUCGCGUCCAGGCCGCCGCCUCCGCCACGCCGACCCCCACGCCGGUCAUCUGGACCCCGCUGAUCCAGGCGCCGCUGCAGGCCGCCGCCGCCACCACCUCCGUGGCCAUCGCCCUCACUCACCACCCGCGCCUGCCGGCUGCCAUCUUCCGGCCUCCCCCGGGGCCCGGGCUCGGCGGCCUCGGGGCCGGGCAGACGCCCCGGCACCUGAAGCGGCUGCAGUCUCUGAUCCCAUCGGCGCUGGGCUCCGCCUCGCCCGCCAGCAGCCCGUCCCAGGUGGACACGCCGUCUUCCUCCUCCUUUCACAUCCAACAACUGGCUGGAUUCUCCGCGCCGGCCGGUCUGAGCCCGCUCCUCCCCUCGUCCAGCUCCUCCCCGCCGCCAGGGGUCGGCGGCUCCUCCCCAGCGCCCACGCCUUCCACCGCCGCGGCCGCCGCCACCGCGGGGUUCGGCCACUUCCACAAGGCGCUGGGGGGCUCCCUGUCCUCGUCCGACUCGCCCCUGCUCACCCCUCUGCAGCCGGGCGCCCGCUCCCCGCAGGCCAGCCAGCCGCCGCCCCCGCUGCCGGGGGCCCGGGGAGGCCUGGGACUCGCGGAGCCCUUCCUGCCGCCCCCGCCGUCGGCCAGGUCCCCGUCGUCCUGCCCAGGGCAGCUGGGCCAGCCUCCCGGGGAGCUGUCCCCCGGGCUGGCCGCCGGCCAGCCGAGUACGCCAGAGACACCCCCGCGGCAGCCUGAGCGGCUGUCCUUGGUGGCAGGGUCCUCAGGGGGGGCUUCUCCUGUCGCCUUCACCCCCCGAGGAGGGCCCAGCCCUCCUGGCCACAGCCCGGGCCCUCCAAGAACUUUCCCAAGUGCCCCGCCCCGGGCCUCUGGCUCCCACGGAUCCCUGCUCCUGCCCCCUGCAUCCAGCCCCCCGCCGCCCCAGGUCCCCCAGCGCCGGGGCACGCCGCCCCUCACCCCUGGUCGCCUGACCCAGGACCUCAAGCUCAUCUCAGCCUCUCAGCCGGCCCUCCCCCAGGACGGGGCGCAGACUCUCCGCAGAGCCUCCCCGCACUCCUCUGGGGAGUCGGUGGCAGCCUUCCCGCUCUUUCCCAGAGGCGGGGGCGGCAGCGGGGGCAGCGGGGGCAGCGGGGGCCUCGGUCUCCCCGGGAGGCCCUAUGGUGCCGUCCCUGGCCAGCACGUCACUCUGCCUCGGAAGACAUCCUCAGGUUCUUUGCCACCCCCUCUUUCUUUAUUUGGGGCAAGAGCCACCUCUUCUGGGGGGCCCCCUCUGACUGCUGCUCCCCAGAGGGAACCUGGGGCCAGGUCUGAGCCGGUGCGCUCCAAACUGCCGUCCAACCUAUAAGCUGCUUCCCCUCCCUCCUCCUCUCCUCUAUUUUUUUCUUUUUCUCCCUUCUUUUUUUCUUCAGGUUUAACUGUGAUUAGGAGAUAUACCAAUAACAAUAAUAAUUAUCAUUAAAAAAAUCCACACCAGAAAAACAAAAGACAGCAGAAAAUAACCAGGUAUUCUUAGAGCUAUAGAUUUUUGGUCACUUGCUUUUAUAGACUAUUUUAAUACUCAGCACUAGAGGGAGGGAGGGGGAGGGGAGCAGGCAGGGCCCAAGUGUAAAAGCCAGAGGAAGGCAGGUGGGGUCUCUGGGGCUUGGCAGGGGUGGGGAUGACCCAUGUUUGGGGUUCCUAGCGCAGACCGGUCAUUGUAUUCAUUUUAGGGCAGUAGCCACCACUAGGCCCUUAGCUGUGAACCUGGAGCCCCACUCUGCUGGGAGUCAUCUCCGUUCCUCCAGGAAGGGCUGCCCAUGAGUUUGUUCCUAGGGAGCCUCAGUUGCCUGAGUCCUGGGGACAAAUGGGCCAGGGUCCUGAGAGUCUUGCAUUUUUUUCUACUGCAAAUUUAGCAAGAUGUAUAUAUAUAUGUAUGUAAGAUGUGUAUAUGUAUAGCUAUGUAGCGCUCUGUAGAGCCAUGUAGAUAGCCACUCACACAUGUGCACAUGUGUGUGCAAUCUAGUUUAACCCCAUGUUGCCAGGACACCCAGGUCACCUUCCAUCCAGUAACCUGCCUUGGCCCGCAGGCUGGGCACCACAGGGCCUGGGGGAUGUAUCUUCUCCAGUCCUCAGGGAAGAAGACCCCAGAGCCUCUCGGCAGGCCUCCUUUCUCCCCACCUCUGGUCUCAAAUUCAGCCCCAGCCCGACCUCCCCUCAUGGAAGCGGAAGACUCCAGGCCGUGCCUCUCCUACCCUGCAGGGCCUCAAGCACAUCCCAUCACCUCUGCGGCCCUCAGUUUUCCCAUCUGUAGAAUGGGAGGGGAGGGAAGCUUCUAUUUAUUGAGUCUGCUCUGUGCCAAGCACUGGUUUAGCACUUUACACAUAUUAACUGCUUCAAUUUUACAAAUUGAAGGAGGUGUAGCUACUUUGAUUCUUCCCAUUUCACAGACGAGGAAACCGAGUAUUAGUCAUUGUUCCAGAAUUGGAUAAUUACAAGUGGCAGAGCUGGGACUGAUCUGAGAUUGUAAUCUAGGCCUGCCUACCUUAGGCUAAAGCUGAUGUUCCUUUCAUUAGAAAAUUGUGUUGACAGGAGCUGAAUUUGACACCCAUGCAGGGUAUAGAGGGAAGAAACCACAUUUUGGAGGUAAUCAGACCUGGAUUUCAAUCCCAGACCUACCACUUCUUAGCUUUCUGAGCUUUCUUAGCUCAUGUGAGCUUUCUGUUAACCGUCUGUAAAAUGGGAGUACUCGUGGUACACCUCACAAGGACCUAUGAGGAGCAGAUGAGAACUGUAGAACACGUGACAUGCCCAGCCCGGCACCUGGCACAUAUCAUAGGAGGUGCUCAAUAAAUCAUGUUUCUUCUGCCCCUCAUGUGCCCAGAACCUUGCCCCAGUGAGCUAUGGUGAGAUCCCAAGGAGCUUUGGCUGCUGUCUCCAGGACUUACAAUCUCAGGACACAGGAGGUAGCUGGAAUUUUCUAAGGGUCUAAGGAAGGUGUGCGGCCAGUGGUGGGCUUGAGCCAGGCCUCCAGGUGUGGGAAAGUUAGAGGGAGGGAAGGAGGGGGCAGGGGGUCAGGUGGUGUGCACGGUGGGGAAAUGACUGAGGUGGGUGUGGAGUUGUGGAGUCAGGGGGUUUGGGAAGAGAUCCAGAAGCUGUGGUCAGAAGGAAGCCUUGUGUGAUAGGCUAAGGGAACUGACUUGGAUUCUGAAGGCAACCAGGAGCCAGAAGCAGGUCCAAAGUGGAGGCCAUUGUGAAAACAGCUCAGAGCCAUGGUUAGUGGUACCUCCACUGCCUAAAGUGGGAGAAGAGGUUCGGCUGCCAAGGCCUGAAUAAUGAGAGGGGCUGGUGUUGCCUUGUCCAUCCGGAACACUCCUCCACAUUCUUAAGCCAGAAAGUUGGCGAGAUCAGGCUUUGUCCUGGGAUGUGGACAAAAUUUCUCUAUAGAUGGGUCAUGGGGUGUGAGGCAAUAAUCCGGGAAAGAAAAGGGGGAAGGAUCCUGGGGUCUUCGGAAGAGCCACCUAGCCUUGGUCUCUACUGGGCAGAAGAAGGCCCCUUGAGUUUUCAGAGCUGGACGUAGCAGCACCUUCUAUGAGUGCUGUUCAUAGAAGUUUGGCACCUACCUAUGCCCCACAAGGAGGGCAGGACUGGAUCCAAACUCAAUCUAGACCUGGAGGUGGCAGGGGGU